AUGCCCAUUUCGAUCCCCGCAGCAGACAGUCUCCACGACCUCUUCAGCCUCAAAGGCAAGGUGGUCGUCGUCACUGGCGCCUCCGGUCCCCGCGGGAUGGGCGUCGAGGCAGCACGGGGUUGCGCGGAGAUGGGCGCCGACGUGGCCAUCACGUACUCGACCCGUCAGCAGGGCGGCGAGAAGAACGCCCGGCAGCUGCGGGAGACGUAUGGGGUGCAGGCGAAGGCGUACAAAUGCGACAUCAGCCGCUGGGAGGAAGUCGAGGGCCUGGUCAAGGAAGUGAUCGCGGACUUUGGCAAGAUCGACGCCUUCAUCGCGAACGCCGGGCGAACGGCCGGCAGCGGCGUGCUCGACGGCACCGCCGAGGACUGGAACGACGUCGUCCAGACGGACCUCACGGGGGCCUUCCACUGCGCCAAGGCAGUGGGCGCGCACUUCAAGGAACGGGGCACGGGCAGCUUGGUGAUCACGGCCAGCAUGUCGGGCCACAUCGCCAACUACCCGCAGGAACAGACGUCGUACAACGUCGCGAAGGCCGGGUGCAUCCACCUGGCGCGGUCGCUGGCGAACGAGUGGCGGGACUUUGCGCGCGUGAACAGCAUCUCGCCGGGGUAUAUCGACACGGGGCUGUCGGAUUUCGUUCCGCAGAAUAUCCAGCACAUGUGGAAGGACAUGAUUCCUGUAGGCCGCCAGGGGAAGGCCAAAGAGCUGAAGGGGGCAUAUCAACCGUCGGACAAAUAUAUAAUCGACAAUCGCAUACACAAUGGACGCGGCUCUCAGUCUCCUGCAGCGCCUCCCCGCAGCAGCAGUGGAGAAGCUGCCCGUGCGGGCGCAAGGGGCCCUCAGCUCGCCGCUCACCCGCAAACUGCUGGCAGCCCUGCUGGCCCUGAGCAUCCUGCGACACAUCAACCGGACGCUCUCGCGGCUGGUGCUCAACAACUGGCAGUCGGACUACUGGGACUGGAGCAAAGAGCUGGUGCUGUUGACGGGUGGCUGCAGCGGCAUCGGCAAGCAGGUCGCCGCCGACUUGGCCGAGCGAGGCAUCAAGGUCGUCGUCGUCGACAUCCGAGAGCCGCAGGAUCCAUUGCGUUCGUAUCCAACACCUCCCAAUGUGUCGUUCUUACUGACUCGUUCGUCGCAGCACCCAAUGUCUAUUUCUACCGCGCCGACGUGACCUCGUCCGAAGAUGUCAAGGCCGUGGCGGCGGAAAUCCGCAAGGCGCACGGUGAUCCGACGGUGUUGAUCAACAACGCCGGCGUCGGCCACGAGGGCACCAUCCUGGACAAGCCCGAGGCGACAAUCCGCAAGACGUUCGAGGUCAACACGAUCGCGCACUUUGUGACCGUCAAGGAGUUCCUGCCCAGCAUGAUCCGGCGCAACCACGGGCACAUCGUCACCGUGGCCAGCGCGGCCAGCUUCGUCGCCGUCGGCGAGAUGGUUGACUACGCGUGCACCAAGGCCAGUGCGCUGGCCUUCCACGAGGGCCUGACGCAGGAGCUGCGGUAUUGGCACGGCGCGAAGAAAGUCCGGACGAGUAUCAUCCACCCAAUGUGGGUGCGCACGCCUCUGAUCAAGCCUAUCACCGACGCGGGCUCACGCUUCCGGCAGCCCAUCAUGGAGCCUGGCGAGGUCUCGGCGGCGAUCGUCAAGCACAUUCUCUCCGGCAACAGCGGGCAGGUGAUAAUCCCCGGCCGCGUGAGCUUCUACUCCAGCCUCCGGGGGCUGCCGUCGUGGCUGCAGGAGAUUGCGAGGGGGAUUGGCUCGCGGGAUCUGAAGCGGAUUCGGGAUAAGAAACGGAUUCGGGAUCAGAAGCGGAUUCAGGGUCAUUCAUAG